AUGGUUCCAUUGACCGUCAGGCUAUCAACACGCAUUCCACGCGCCUUACAUACGUCUGCCAUCCACCUAAACAACCGCAGUGGGGGAAAUGGCGUCAAACCCGCCGAGGACUCAAUAGAUCAGAAUGACGAGGUCGAAAAUCAACCCGGUACAGAAACAUCUGGUGGGCGAUGGAGAGGGAACGCAACAGGCUCCAUGAGAGCACGCCACCAACGGAAAAGACAGGUUUCUGCUCUGCCUCCCGUUGAACUAUCUCAGAGCUUUCUGCAAAGUAACGUAUCUCUCUACUCGCCCCAAGAACCACCACGACUACCCACUGCGCUGGUAGAAGAUGCAAGAUACGCAAAAUUGUCUCCACUUUCAGUCGACCAAGGGCCGUCCUUCAAGCAGAAGUCUGAAGCUCUGGAGAUAUAUUUUGAGACGGCGUUGAAGCACCUCUUGGGUAGGGGUCGUGAACUCGCUAUGGACUUGGAAAAUUCUCGUUUAGACAAGGAUGAUCGAAGAUGGGAAUCUCCAGAGAUAAUAGCAAGGGCAGUUCGGGUCGGGGAUAUGACUAUUGACUCGGCCACGCAUUUGGUAAACGCCAUAUACCCUAUCCGACAAUCUGAAUAUUCCUACCAAGUGCGGCCCUUUUGGUGGUCUCACGUUCCUAAAAUUCUCAGCAGUGGCCUGCCGGGCCAUCGUGACCAGCUCUCCUCCCUUCUGGCUUCUUUGGACGAUCAACUUGACUUUGCUGAGCAAUAUGAAUAUCCCCUGCCCCAUGUUAUCGCCGACCUCCCUGUUGACACAUUCGUCGCUCUGCGAAAGUUGGUAAAUCGCGAGUUGACUAUAUCACCCCCGCCAACAUUCGAUUACAAAACGAGCAAGAGGCCAAUUACAAUUCUUGCUACAUCGGGGUACGGAGGGAGGUCGAUUUCAGAAGCCAUCGGAAGAUACUUUGCACACCACAGCGGCGCAGACCUGAUUCAAUUGGAUGCGUACGAUCUCUCAGAACUUGUGGGUGACUAUUUGGGUCAGAAUUGGGCUUACUCGCGUGGCCCCCUUUCAAUGCUGGGAUUCAGGGCUGCUGAGUUGAAUGGCAAAAUCGCAGGCGGUCGGGAUGAGAGGCCCCUUCAGACCCAGGAUGACGAUUCUGAUGCGGACGUUGGAAUCGCCACAAGUAACUCAAGCUCAUCGACUGUCGUAGAAGAGCUUCAGAAAUUACGCCAGGGAGAGUAUGAGAGUUUCAGUAAGUGGGAAAAUCUAAAGAUUGACAAAAUAUUGGACCAAAUUAUUCGGUCGGCUAGCCUUGGAUCCUCUCAAUCUCGCACUCGACCAGUAUUGAUCCAUCUUCAUGAUAUCAUUGAAUUGGGCAUGACAAUUGAAGGAUCUCUACUGAUUAACCGACUGCGAGCCCUCGUGGACAUUGCCUGGCAGCAAGGGUUGCAAAUUGCUAUACUGGGUUCCUCGUCAUGUGAGCAACAGUCUGAAGAAUACCAGAAUACGAUCAAGGAAUUUGCUACUAGCGAUUUCGUCGUCACCCGCCAUGUCCAACCAGAUUAUGUUGAACGAUAUAUUACACCCAAGGGGAAUGUUCGAACUCAAAUGCCAUUCCAUCUACAAAAGGCUGACUAUCUUGUUGAGAAUGUUAACAAUAUUACUCGUAUGCUGAGAGCUCUGGAUCCCGGAUCAUCGUCGGAGGUGUCCGGCCUGUCACUCGAAUCCAUAUUAUCCUAUCUGCGUUCAUCAAACCCGAAAUUUUCGAUGCUACAGAAUUCAAUUCUCCCGGCACCGGAGAUUUAUCACUUAGCAUGUGCCUUCAAGUCACAAGGCAAGACAAGUGCUGAUAGCUCGCAAUCCGGCUUCCAGGAGCGUUUUACCCUGGGCCGUCUUCAGCAGUGGAAUGGCGAUAACCUCUUCAACGAAGAUCGUGCUGAGGGAGAUGCUUUUAAUGGAACUCCUUCGGCUGGCGAUGACCCCAAUAUUUUGGAGGGCCGUGCUACCCUGAAAUUGAAUGAAUACGAGAAGCGAAUAGCUUCUGGUCAGAUUAAUCGAGAGAAUCUUCGAACAACAUUUGCAGACGUUCAUGCUCCACCCGAAACUAUAUCUGCUCUGAAGCUUCUCACCUCACUCUCCCUUGUGAGACCGGAUGCAUUUUCAUAUGGUGUAUUAUCACAGGAUAAGAUUUCAGGGUGUCUCCUAUAUGGACCCCCUGGAACAGGUAAAACUAUGUUAGCAAAGGCGGUUGCUAAGGAAAGCGGCGCAAACAUGCUUGAAGUCAGCGGCGCGUCGAUCAAUGAUAAAUGGGUUGGGGAAAGUGAGAAGCUCAUUCGCGCAGUCUUCACCUUGGCCAAAAAAUUGACCCCAUGUGUCGUGUUUAUCGACGAGGCAGAUUCUUUAUUGGCCAGUCGAAGCAUGUUCGCCAACCGGGCUUCUCAUCGUGAACAUAUCAACCAAUUCCUCAAGGAAUGGGACGGGAUGGAAGAGACAAACGCCUUCAUAAUGGUUGCGACCAAUCGACCUUUUGAUUUGGAUGAUGCCGUCUUGCGGCGGUUGCCGCGCAAGAUUCUUGUUGAUCUCCCUCUUGAGGAUGACCGACGGGCGAUUUUAAAACUACAACUCAAGGGCGAGAUAUUGGAUGACUCUGUGUCGUUGGAUGAAUAUGCGAAACGAACCCCGUACUAUUCGGGAUCGGACCUUAAGAACAUGUGCGUCGCUGCAGCAAUGGCGGCAGUAGAAGAAGAAAAUGAAGCUGCAGCCAAACACAAAGGCCCUCAUCCCUUUCAAUACCCAGAAAGACGGAUUCUUCGGAAGGUUCAUUUCGAGAAGGCCCUGAAGAGUAUUCCUGCGAGUAUCAGUGAAGAUAUGGUAUCUCUGAAACUAAUCCGCAAAUUCGAUGAGGAAUACGGCAACAGAAAAAGAAGCGCCAAGAAGUCAAGCAUGGGUUUUGGCUUUGCUGAGGAUAAGCGUCAUAUCAAAUGA